AUGUCUGAUCCAACACCAAAUGGAACAAAGCGGCAAAGCGAAGCACCGGCGUACCCUACAGCAGCAAAAAAGAGGAACGCUGUCCCAUUUGAUGGAUCGGAUCCCGAUCUCCACGACGUCGUCCUGGUGGUGGAGGAGAAGAAGUUCUACGUGAACAAAAAACAAUUGGCCCUCCAUUCCAAGUUCUUCCAUCGUAUGUUUUAUGGAGGAUUUGAGGAGGCCAAGAAGGAGGAGAUCGAAAUUAAAGAGGCCUCAGCAGACGACUUUCAGAAAUUUUUGGAAGUGGUCCAUGGGUUGGAAGACGUUGAAGACACCACCGUCGAAGCCGUCUUCGACCUGAGCGGUCGUUUCGAGUGCAAGCACAUCAUUAAGAAAUGCAAGAAAUUCUUGCUGGCCGACAACCAAAACAAAGUGCGACCCCAGACCAAGUUGGCUCUCUCAAUCCGCCAUAAUUUUGAGGAGUUGAAGAUCGAGGCCCUGGCGGCUAUAAAAAAACAAGAAUCAAGGCGAGAUCUCAUAUUCAAUCAAUGGGCUCGUUUGUCUGGUCAUAAUUAUAACUAG